AUGACUUGCGCAGCAGCAGCUGCUGCUGCUGCAGUUGACGCAGCAGCAGUGGCUGUGCCGGCGGCAGCAGCAGCAGCGGCAGCAGCGGCAGCAGCGGCAGCAGCAGCUGCUGCUGCGGUCCCCGACCACCAGCAGCAGCAGCAACGGCAGCAGCAGCUGCAGCAGCAGCACGUCCCUAAGUUUGCCCGGGUCUCUAAUCUGCUGCAAGCUCUACCACCUCCACAUUCUCAGCAACUGCUGCAGCAGCAGCAGCAGCAGCAGCAACGGGAGCAGCAGCUAACCCGUUCUCGCGCCUCACUCAGGGUCUCUUUGCAGCAGCAGCAGCACCUCCGCAGCAGCAGCAGCAGCGCCGACAGCAGCAGCAGCAGCAGCAGCGACAGCCGCCACAGCGCCAGCAGCCGCUCAGCCGGAGCAGCCGCUGCAGCAGCAGCAGCACAGCCCCCGCUGCAGCAGCAGCAGCAGCAGCAGCAGCAGCCGCUGCAGCAGCAGCAGCAGCAGCCGUAG